AUGGCAAACAUGAACCGGAUGUCGAUGUACUCGACUACAUCGUCAGCCCCUGGAUCUCGACAACCUGCCUCAACUGCCCAACAAUCCACUCAAGUCUCAACUACCACUCUGCUAAAUGCGGUUCACACAAUUUACACAUCGGGCCAGCCCUACCGCCUGGACGCCAGCACUUCUCUGGUUGUAAAUACUUGGUUGACAGCAUCACAAGCCGACAGCGAAGGAAGAUCAGGUGGUACAGUUGAUGCUGCACUUUCUGCUCGUGCGUGGGAGCAUGCCAGACGUCGUGCUGAGGACGGAUGCAUCGUUUUAGGUUCUCUUCAUCCAUCAACUCCCUCGGUCCUUGUACCUUUCCUAGGCACCCUUCCUCUAUCCAUUCCCUCCGCUUUAUUUACUGCACUUAAUGCCCUUCGCCCAUUCAUCCACACAGUUUCGCCUCAGAACCCUUCGGCACCUCGACAGUCAGCUUUAGGGGUCACAUUAACUCUCACAUUAGCUGGGAAUCUCUCCUCCGCAUCAAUUGCACUAUCGGAAGGGGGGAUCGACACAUCGCAAGGGUUGCUCAACAUUCCUAGCGAGAGUGGAUAUAGAGCUUUUGACGUCUUCUACUAUCUAUUAACAUCUGCAUCGACUCCGGCGGAGCGUGAAUUUUUAGGAUUGAAGCAUGCCUCUAAUUACGCUUUGCUGGCUAAAUCCGCAACAUACGACCCCCCAUCAUAUCUCCCAACGGCAGAUGAUGCAGCUUCUGCGGAUGACUUUCGGGUAGCGUUGAAAGGGAUUGGUAUUAAGGGAGCAGCACAUCGUAAUUUGAUCUCUAUUUUAGCAGGAUUAUUAAAAUUGGGUGAUACUUUAACCUACAAUCUCGAUGAGGAGGCGCUGGAGGAGGUCUGCGAGGAUGUUGGCGGACUUCUGGGUCUCGAGCCAGAGGUCUUGUUUAAGCAAUGCACUAUGGUGGAACGGGAGACUUUGAUCGGUGGUCUAUACGAGGCACUCGUUGAUUGGGUGAUCCUAAAGGCGAACGAGGCCAUUGCUACCGACAUGCAAAGAAUCAAAGACGGAGACUCUUCGAGCGAUGGAGGACCCGGUGCUAGGACUCCAAAUACCGAGGAAGAUAACGGGGACACCGUCUCUAUCACCGUUUUAGAAAUCCCUAACGCUACUCUCGGCAAAGCUGCCGCCAUGCGUGGUGUGUUUGACGAUACUCAGGGAAUUAAUUUGGAAAUGAAGGAAGAUGGUGUCGAUGUUGUGGCUGCUGGAUCGUCUGUUCUGCGAGAAAUGCAAAAUGCACUAUCCGAAGUUGGACCCGAUCUCGGCAUCAUGACCGGUCCAGCUGGACGCGAACGGGAGCAUGAACUUGAAAGACGUGAGGUAGUUCUAGAGAAAGUGGGAAGAGAGGGGGAAGAGGAUGGCUUUUUGAAGAAGAUUCUUUUCCCCAUCGAAGGUCAAGGGGUCAAUCUUGGGCGUGCAGGCAGACUUGAUCUUGCUGCUGUUCUCGGCAGUAGUCGCGUCUGGUAUCAUCUAGCCCUGCACCCCACCGACGAGUCACCUGCAAGUUUGGCAGCUUUGCCAUCUACAACAUCAGCUUGGUCGGCUGGAACAGUCUCGCGGCAACUCCGCGCAUGGAGGCUUCCGGAAUGGGCCAAUCGUCGAAACAAGAACCUCGAUUUUACAGCCGAUUUCGAUCUGGAAGAAUUUUGCCAGCGAUAUGCUCUUUUAGGUUGCAAGGAUGGCAAGGAUGGAAUUGAGAGCUGGAUCAUGGAACGUGGUUGGAGCAAUGGCGAAGUUGUGGUGGGCACAGAACGUAUAUGGAUGCGAGAAAGUGCUUGGUGGGAAGCGGAGGGUAUGCUUGAUCUAAAGCCUACAAACGAAGGUUUCAUGGGCACCAACAGCAUGAUGAUGGCCAGCCAGCCACUCGAAACUGGGUACUCUGCUGGACCCAAUGGAAGCGGAUUCUUUCCUCCCAUGAAUGAACUCACACCUCACGGCAGCAGAGAGGGUCUGCUUGGCCGACAAAGCUCUGCAACGUUAGCUCGCAGUCAAUUUGGUGCUCGUUCAGUCGCUCCAUCGCGAAAUAUCAGCGGCGGUGAUUACGGACUUGGCUUCAAGGGAGAUGACAUGAAGGGGCAGGUAUACUACACAAAUGAGCAUGGCGAGCUUGUUACUCAGGCAGAUGCGGAACUGGCAGAAACCAAAAACAUAACGACCACAGAGCAAACUUUCAGCCGUCGCAUCUGGGUUGUGAUUGUCUGGUCAUUGACUUUCUGGAUUCCAUCAUUUGUCCUCCGAUACGUUGGGCGUAUGAAGAGACCUGAUGUUAGAAUGGCGUGGCGCGAAAAGCUCGUUCUCGUAUGGGCUAUUCUUUUCAUGAACGCUGUCAUCGUAUUUUGGAUCAUUGCGUUCGGAAACCUUCUAUGCCCAAACAAGGACAAGGUCUGGGACGUCAACGAACUUGCAACACAUCAGGGAGAUAACGACUUUUGGGUCGGUAUACAUGGAAAAGUUUACGACAUCUCGAAAUUCUGGACUAUCGACCACAGUGACACAGUCAUCUCUACAAGCUCUACCAACAUGCAGCCAUUUGCGGGACUUGUCCUCGAUGACUACUUCGUUCCCCCUCUUCCGGUCAGCUGCCCAGGUCUGGUUUCAGACGAGACCAUCGUCCUGACAACAAAUAACUCUGUCAUCGACACCAGUGCUGUACACGUAUCCGGGUCUCUACAACCAUAUCCAGAUAGCAAAUUGCGCAGCAUCGAUUGGUAUGGCGGCGUAUUCCUUCCAAAGAUCAAAGAGUACUACCACGGAGAUAUCGUGUUCGAUACGUCCACAGUAAAAAGUGAAGGCCGAAAUGAUAAUCAUAUGUGGUUCCUUCUUGACCAGAAAAUCUACGAUCUUACGAAUUACUACUAUACACUCAAACUUCAAGGCAACCUCGCUCGCUUCAGAUUUUUGGAUGAGACGAUUGAGGAUAUGAUCAAGCAAAACCCAGGACAAGACCUGACCACCAAGUGGAAUACGAUGUACGAAAAUGCCAACGAUACCCAGAAGAAUGUUAUUAGCAAUAACCUCAAUUGCAUUAAGAACACUUUCUACGUCGGUUAUCCCGACUUCCGCGAAACAGCGAAAUGUCAAGUCAACAACUACAUUCUGCUUGCAUUUACCAUCAUCCUUUGUGCUGUUAUUUUAACCAAGUUCUUGGCUGCUCUCCAGUUUGGAUCCAAACGUCGUCCUCAACCACAGGAUAAGUUUGUUAUAUGCCAAGUGCCAGCGUACACCGAAGGAGAGGAUUCUUUACGGAAAGCUCUCGAUUCCUUGACAGCUCUGCAAUAUGACAAUAAGAGAAAGCUGAUCUGUGUCAUAUGUGAUGGAAUGAUUGUCGGAGGUGGCAACGAUAGACCUACGCCGAAGAUUGUUCUCGAUAUUUUAGGUGUCGAUCCGAAGCUUGAUCCCCCGGCUCUCCCAUUCAAAUCUGUCGGAGAAAGCAGCGAACAGUUGAACUACGGCAAAGUCUACUCUGGUCUGUACGAAUAUGAAGGCAACGUUGUUCCCUACAUUGUUGUGGUUAAAGUUGGCAAGGAAUCUGAGCAGUCAAAGUCCAAGCCUGGAAAUCGUGGAAAGCGUGAUUCGCAGAUCCUUCUUAUGAGUUUCCUUAAUCGCGUACACCAUCGAUCCCCAAUGAACCCACUGGAACUCGAGAUGUUCCAUCAGAUCAACAACAUUAUCGGCGUGGACCCCGAAUUGUACGAGUACCUCCUAAUGAUUGAUGCCGAUACUAGUGUCCGAGAAGACUCCCUCAAUCGCCUCGUCGCUGCUUGUGCCAACAACGCAAAAAUUGCCGGUAUCUGUGGCGAGACUAGUCUCGAAAAUGAAGAGCGGUCUUGGUGGACCAUGAUUCAAGUUUAUGAGUACUUUAUCUCUCAUCAUCUCGCCAAAGCUUUCGAAUCCCUCUUUGGCAGUGUUACUUGUUUGCCUGGAUGUUUCACCAUGUACCGUCUCCGAACAGCCGACAAGGGAAAGCCGUUGAUCAUAUCUGAUGCAAUCGUCCACGAGUAUUCUGAUUGCGCCGUUGAUACCCUUCACAAGAAGAACCUUCUAUCUCUUGGAGAAGAUCGAUACCUGACGACACUCAUGACCAAGCAUUUCCCAUACAUGUCUUAUAAGUUCCUUCCAGAUGCAUAUGCAAGCACCGCUGCCCCUGAAACCUGGAGUGUGCUCCUCUCCCAAAGAAGACGGUGGAUCAACUCCACCAUCCACAAUUUGGGAGAGUUGGUCUGGCUCAAAGAAAUGUGCGGCUUCUGCUGUUUCAGCAUGAGAUUCAUCGUUUUCAUUGAUCUUUUCGGUACCAUCAUUCUUCCAGCAACUUGUGUGUAUCUUGGGUAUCUCAUCUACCUCGUUGCAUCUCAUAAGGGACAAUUUCCACUUAUCUCAAUCGUUAUGAUUGCGGCCGUUUACGGUCUCCAGGCACUCAUCUUCAUCCUAAAGCGGCAAUGGCAGCAUAUAGGAUGGAUGAUAAUCUACAUUCUUGCAUUCCCAAUCUACUCAUUCAUCCUUCCAGUGUACUCGUUCUGGAACCAAGACAACUUCUCAUGGGGUAACACACGUAUCGUCGUGGGCGAAAAGGGAGGGAAACAGAUCAUCCAAGAGAAUGACGACGGAUUCGAUCCUCGCAGCAUUCCUCUUCAAAGAUGGGAUGACUACGCCCUGACCAACAAUCUACCUGGUCGCCGUGGAGUUGCAGUCGAGAAGUCGUAUGAUGCAUACGAAGAUCAGUACGAGAUGGACGACAUGAAAUCCAUGUAUUCGUCCGUCAAACCUGCGUCUACUAUUUUGACCGGAUUCCCUGGUCGUGGUCACUAUGUUCCUCCGGUAUCUCCAGGCGUUCGCCAGUCCGUCUACUCGCAAGCACCUUUUACCGAUACUCCAGUCACGCGCAACCAGUCAAUGAUGUCCCUUGGAGGUGGCCUACAAGAUCGUUCAGCAUCACCAUACCAAGACUACCCACAAGCAAACUCCCAUCGCCAAAGUACGAUCAUGAUGCAAUCACCAAACGACUUGGUUGCAUCUCCACAAGGAAUGAACCCAACUGGUAGUGCUCUCGGCUUCCGAGGCGGUUCUCGUACACCCCUCGGCCAUGAGAGCAUGAGACCAGUCAGCCAGUUCGAUUUCCAAAGAGGCAAUGCUGGUCCAGACGAUUUUAUGAUUGUCGAUGCUAUCCGAUUAUGUCUUUCCGAGGUAGACCUGGACAAUGUUACCAAGAAACAAGUUAGAGCCUUGGUCGAACAGCGACUUCAAACCGAAUUAGUCGGUGACAGAAGAGUCUUCCUGGACAGAAUGAUCGAUCAGGAAUUAGCUAAUAUGUAG